CAUACGGAACAUCCUGCCCUCAACGGAGAGGGGGAGGAGAGAGAGAGAGAGAGAGAGAGAGCCUGAGAGUGUGUGUGUGUUCAGAGAGAGAGAGAGAGAGAGAGAGGUAGAGAGAGCUCGUGCGUGUAUUAAGAGAGCGAGAGAGACGAGGUCUGGCUUCUUCUGGUAGUAAAUUAUCAGAUUUCGAGCGCAAAAACUCGCAGAAACAGACAGAUCGGGAGGCCUCGUGGAAAUCUGCUUCAGCGGUGACCGGAACCAGCAGCAGGAGCAGCAGGAGCGCGUGAAGCCUUGGAUUAAAAAGCCCGACUACAAGGACGGAUGGUCGCGCAGACGGGCGGCUCGCUCUGAAGUUGGACAGACUACCGAGGCACCGAGAGCAAGGACCCGGCGACAGCAGCAGAUUUUUUCUUUUUUUCUUUUUUUGGGGGUCCCUCCACCUCCCAGAACCCCCCACCCCUCCCACACCGGUAAAGGCAGCAGCAUCGGCGGCGGCACCGGGAGGCUGUGCCCGCGCACCCCGACCAUGGAGCUGCCUUGGCUGCUGGCGCUCACGGCGCUGCUUGCUCACGCCACCACGGGACAGAAGUGGUCGCUGCCUAUCGAUGACGAAGGGUCGGCGAGAGAUGAAUUUUACGACGAUGAGGAUCUCUACUCGGGCUCUGGCUCUGGCUUUCCUGAGAUUGGUAUGAGGCCAACAUCAGUAGCUGUCACGUUCACCACAGAGGAACCCCUACUUCUCUCCACCACCCAAGCAACCGACCUCGCUCCCUCUGCACCGCCUGCAGCAGAGCCUAGCCCCAACCCAGAGGACCCAACGACCACCCCUCUUCUCACUGAGGCUGAGGGAGAGAGCGGUGUGUUCUUGGAUAGGGACCUGGAGAGGGAGAGGGACCUGGAGAGGGAGAGGGAGCUGGAGCUGGAAAAGGAGAGGGAGAGAGAAAGGGAGAGGGAAAGGGAGCGUGUCCGAGAGAUGGAGCGAGAGAAGGAGAGGGAGAGAGAGAAGGAGAGGGAGAAGGAGAGGGAGAGGGAGAGAGAGCGAGAGAGGGAGAGGGAGAGAGAGAGGGAACGUGAGAGAGAGCUGGAGAGAAUCCGGGCCGCCGCCAAGACCACUGCCGCGCCCCGGUCCCCUGCUGCCGUUCCUAUGGUCACCACCAAUCCUGCAGCCAGUCCUGCUGAAAGUGCAGCGCCCUCUGCUGGUUCAGAUGACCUGAGCGCCACAGAAGAAGAGGAAGACAUCUACCUUUCGCCAGAGCCCAGCUUGCUUUACCCAGGAUUCACUGACGAAACCACUACAGAAGAAGACAUGUCCAUCACACCAGAGUCAACCUCUGAGCCCACCACAGCUGCAACAACCACUGCUACCACUGUCAAGACCAGGACCCCCUUCAGGCCCAGGGUUCCCAUGUUGACAACGACUCAGGCGGUGCCAACAGAGAGAACGACCCGCCCACAGCAGCCCACAACAACACAGGAGGGUACCAACGAAGUGGGUGCUGCAGGACCAAGUGGAGAUUAUGAAAUCAUGGAUGGACGCCGCAAUAAUCUUGGCAGCGAAAUGGCGGGAGGUCCUGAUCUUAUCGGCAACUCUGUGGAUGGAGGCAGCUCCGCGGCCCAGCUACCGCAGAAGAACAUCCUGGAGAGAAAAGAGGUCUUGAUAGCCGUUCUGAUUGGUGGACUUCUGGCUGUGGUUUUCGCUGAUUUCCUGUUCAUCGCGGUGAUAGUGGGAGGCGUGGUGGGCGCCCUGUUCGCUGCCUUCCUGGUGAUGCUGCUGGUGUACAGGAUGAAGAAGAAGGACGAGGGCAGCUACACGCUGGAAGAACCCAAACAGGCCACCGUCACCUACCAGAAACCGGACAAGCAGGAGGAGUUUUAUGCAUAACACUGACACGCCAGAGAGACACGCCGCACACCGGGAAGGGAGAAAGAGCGAGCAAGAGAAGAGCGAAAGAUACUCUAUAAGUCCUGCCCUUCCUCCUCCUCCUCCAUCCUUCCUACUCCUCUUCUUCUCCCCCCACCCUCCUUAUCUGCUCGGGUCUCCUCAUCCCUCUCUCCUCUCGUCUCCAUACUUGAGAGCGCCUUUCUCUCUGCGGACUUGGAACCUUCUUUUCAAAGAAAACGAGAAAAAAAGAGGACAAAAAAAAAAGGAAAAAAAAAUCCAAAUAUAUUCAGAAAAAAAAAUAACACGUACACGCGAGAUGUUUUUAAAGUAAAUGUUGUUAUUAAUAUUCUACAGAUUCUCUUGUUCUGUAUGUAAUGAUAUGAUUAUUUUGUAAGAAAACGAACAAAACAAAACACAUGCUCUUGUAACCUGUGUUUUCCAGCACACACACACACAAAAAAAGAGCGAGAGAGAGAGAGAGAGAGAGAGAGAUCCUCUUCUGUUUUUAACGGAGCAAAUCUGAAAAAAAGGCCUGAAAGGGGAGAGGAGAGGGGUGGAGACGGGUGGAGUGAGCCUAUGGACAGACUAACUAUUAGAUCGGGCUCUACUCUGCCCCUCACCACCACCACCCCCACUCUACACAUACACUUAAAAAAAAGGAAAAAAAAAAGAAAAGCAAAACAAACCAUACAGAGCGUCUGGUUGGCCGCACAGAGCCCGGGGUCAAAGGUGAGAGGAAAGGUCUCUUUUGUGUGCCUUCCGUCAAUCUGGUGCUCAAAGACACACAAACGCACGUCCACAAAGCCACGCAUAAACACACGCUAACACACACAUACGCGCGCACACACACACUCGUAUCUGCUCGAAGGUGGCGCUGACCUCUCGCUCUGUGCUCGGCCAACCAGAAAACGGUGCUCAGCGCUUGGCGUGUUUCACAACGUCAAGGAGCCGCUGUGGAGACACCGGCAGGCCCCCCUCCCUCUGCUCCUCUAAGCUGUAUAAAGACUAGUUAUGGAUAGUAAUAAUAAUCAAUAAUAUAUCAAUGUUCUUGGGCUGGAUGGUGAACAAUAAUAAUAAUGAUGAUGAUGAUAAUAAUAAUGCCGUAAUAAUAAUAAUAAACAGGAGGAUGUGUAUUUAGCAGUUUAAAAAAAGAAAAAAGUUUAUAUGUAAAUAUCAGCGUAUCCUUUCUGGCGUCACUAACCAUCUGCAUGACCAUGAAGAGUUUUUAUCCAUCACAUCACGUCAUCCCUUUAGAUGAGCUGUGCUCUUGUCACACACACGUACGCACACACACACACACACACACCAAACACACAACAGCUGAAAUAAAACUCGCAGCGCACUAAAACACACCGCGCCGACGUUAAGUAGACUGUAAAUCAUAUCACACGAGCGCAUAUCGAACCCCUCGUCGUCGUCGUCACCAUCGCCAUCAUCAUCGUCGUCAUAGUGAUAGUCAUCACUUGUGAUUUCCAGCAAGAUCAGGUGGUUUCAAUGUUAUUGGUUAGUUAUUGAUUAGUUGCCGGUUGGUUUAGAGUUUGGUCUGUUUGUGUAAAAGCACAACUCCACGUCCCGCCAUCAUCCGCUAAACCCCCUCCACCCCACCCCACCCCUCUCACACACACACAUACACACACAGACACACACAUAAACGCACACACCCUUUUGCAUGCUUCACCUUAUGAUUUUUCUUUCUUUCUUCCAUCAUUGUCUCUCUGUUUGGGGAUGGGAGGGGCCUCUUGGAAGUGUGAGGGGCUUUAAUGAAAUUUUUUUUUUUUAAAAGUUGCUCCCACGUGCACUAAUUCAGUCAUAACAUUUGCCGUUAGAGCUUUGGUUAUGAGAGGAAAAUGAAUUAGUGUUUACGAGGUCAAUGUUAACCUGCCGUGGGAGCAUUUUGGGG